ACACAAGACCAGCUCUCAGGUAGGACUCAUUUAGAAAGAUGUAUGUGAAAUAAUUGCUGAUAAACUAGUCCGCGGAUUAUUCUGCGGCGUCUGAAAACACAUGAGCAUAGUCCUUCAUAGUAAGAGGGGGACUCUCUUCUUUCUUUACCAGAUGCAGAUUGACAUCUACUCUUCCAAUAUAUAGUCUGCAGUUAAUAAAAUAAGGUAUAGUCAUGUCCUUCCGAGCUGCCUAUUUUGUGAUGAUCAAGCUUGGCAGUCCCCAUGUUGUGCCUGGAUGGGUCUGUCGAAGCAUGAGCCGAAAUGCCCGGAUGUGGACUGGGCAAAAUCAGAAGCCCACUAACACAGACCACAAACACAGACAGCAAAUGGACUCUGAAUGGACUUCCGAUGGAUUUGAGAUGGACCCGGAUUUCGAAGAUGUGGAGGAGAAGCUUGAAAUAGUUAUCCAGGAAGAGAGGAGAAAACAGAAGGCUUCCAAAUUCCACAGGAUCAAGCGGCAAAUGAGCGAUCCCGGUCCACCGGAGCGGGAGCUCACCUGGGAUGCCAUUGAGCAGAUCAGAUACCUGAAACAAGAAUCUCCAGAGGAGUGGACAGUGAAGAAACUAGCGGAGGGUUUCUCUGUCAGCCCUGACGUCAUUCAUCGAGUCCUCCGAAGCAAGUUCACGCCAGCUCGAGAAAGAAAGCUCCGGCAGGAUGCCAAGGUGUUGGCCACAAUCAGACAGUCAUCCCUCACAGGUGGUAAAGCUGACCAAAGCACAAAACUGUUGCCCAAGAGUGCCAAAUCCAUUCUAAUUCCCUCAAGUGGCAAAGGUUCCAUCAUGCCCUUGACCAGUAGCAACUUGGUUGUUAAAGAAAAUGAAACAGGACUGCUGCCCUCUAGUGAUAGGCUUACUGCAGUAGCAGGAGUGGCAUCCCAGGUCUCCACUGUGCAAGCCCCUGGGCAGAUCUCACCUCCAAAGAACCUUAAUGAGAAGCAACACAGUGCUGGGGCCACUGAGGAGGCAGUACCAGAAGAGGAGCAUGAGGAGGAUGAGAAUUGGGAUGGGGAGGUUCUGACAGAGGAGGAACUGGAAAAUCUUAUGAGAACACUGCCCAACAAGCUGGGUCCAGUGGAACAGAGAGGCAGGGAGUUUUUUGACAGUGAUGGGAACUUUCUGUAUAGAGUCUGAGAGGCUAUCGUGCACAUACACUGCUAAUGAUUUCAAGGCAUUUUGCUUCUCAGUCAUUUCUU